GCAUGUGUGAUGUACUAACGCUGAAAAGAAACCAGCCAUUGUUAACAAGUUAGCCUAACAUAAAUAGUUGGACGAUAUUAAAUAUUAUUUUAACGUAUGCAAAUAAUGAGUGAUAUGGCAGGAGACAUUAAAGAUCAAGAAGUUAAUGUACUGGAUGAACUAUUGGAGAAUGCAGAUGAUGAUGAUUUGACAGCCGAGUUAAAUGAUGAAGAGAAAAACUCAGGAAUCAAGAAACUAACUCCUACUAAACCUGUAACAUCCAGUAGAAAACUUCAGAAUAAAACUAGUAAAAGCACAACAAAACCUCCAGCUAAAUCAACUAGUGGAGCAGAUUUGCGUUCCAAGUCACAGAAAACAACACAGUCUGCACCUAGAAAAGUUGCAUCAAAGCCCACAGGUUCUCAGAGCACGACACAGACGAAGGUAACUGGGAAACAGGCUAACUCAAAACCUGUUACUAGACAAACAAGAUCUGCCUCAACAUCUCAGCAGGGAGAAAAGAAAACAUCAAAAAUUCACAUAUUCUCUCAGUUUACUUUUGAUAAUGUAACAGUUUUUGUAAGAAAUAAGUAUUACAAUACUUAUUCCAUGAAAUUACUUUUAGUUAUUCAGCCAAUAAAAAAAAUAGUGUCCUCUGUCAAGAAAUCUCCAGUGGCAACAAAACCUACUGCUCCUGAUGGACCAAUUAUAAAAAAAACUAUCACCAGAACUCUUAAAAAACCUGCCGAGAAAAAUGUAGAGAAGAAGACUGCUUUACCUUUAAAACAAGAGAGUAGAACAGUUACCAUGAAGGAAUCCAAACAUGAAGCUAAACCACAAGAAAAAGGAAAAGCAUUAGUUGUUAAAGUGAAGACUCAUGCCGCAGUAGAGAAAACAGAAGAAAUCACUCCUAAGAAUGAAGAAGUAGAAGUUGAUGCUGACAUUGACAAUCUAAACGUGACCCUCAACUCUGAUGAGCUGAAUGAAGAGAUGAGGGAAGAACAGAAUGAUACAUACCAACCUGUUAGUCAUGACAGUAAUGCCAACAAGGAAGAAGUGGAGUCAAACAGUGAAGAUUCUAGGUCAGAGUGCUGCUCAUGUGAAGACCAUGAUGAUGACGAUCAUAGUAGUGUUAUAACUUCAUCUGAUUCUGAAUCAGGAUCAAAAGCUCACUCUCACUCAGGAUCAGAGUUUGAAGAUGUUGAAGAAAAUAAAUGUGAUGUAGCAAAAGAGAAGCGUUCGCGAACGAGAAAAAGAACGCACUCUCCAAUAGUUUAUGAACAAAAGGAAGAUGAGGGAGCUCGAAGUCCUAAACGCGGAAGAGUGUCAUCUUCUGUAAAUAAGAAAGAUUAUAGUCAUUUGGUGAAGUACUUCUUCCGUGAUGCGAGGUUCUUCCUGAUUAAAAGUAAUAAUAUUGAAAAUGUUGUGUUAUCUAAAGCCAAGGGUGUUUGGUCUACCCCCCCACAGAAUGAAUCUAAACUGAACCAAGCCUUCAAGGAAUCAAAAAAUGUUCUGUUAAUCUUUUCUGUGAAAGGAAGUGGAAAAUUUCAAGGGUUUGCCCGACUGGCUGGUAAUUCAAGACACGAUGGUCCUUCUAUCCAGUGGGUUCUUCCUCCUGGGCUUAGUGCUAGAGCUCUUGGGGGAGUAUUUCAGGUAGACUGGAUCUGUAGGCACGAGCUUGCAUUCACUAAGACACAACAUCUGUACAACCCUUGGAAUGAUGGAAAGCAAGUGAAAAUAGGACGGGAUGGACAGGAGAUAGAGCCCAGAGUUGCAGAAGAACUGUGUCGUUUGUUUCCAGUUGAUGAACACAUUGAUCUCUCUGGUCCGCUAAGACGAAUGAAACACACCAGGCCUCAUGGUAGUCGAACAUCGAGAGAUGCUUAUCACAGAGAUCGUCGUUAUGAGAGAAGGGAUUACUCUUCAUCGUCAAGGAGAAGCCCACAUGAUCCCAUGAGACCCCCUGUAAUGUUCCAAAGGAGACGAAGGAAAUACCGUGAAGGGUUUGAUCAUCGAGGACCAAGGCCAAAUUUGAAAUAUCUUCGGCGAGAUUUCAGAGAAGAUAAUGUUUUUGUUCCAGGAUUCAUUAAGGACACUAGGAAAGAGAGAUCAUCAAUGGACCGCUAUGGAAUGAGAAGGGAUAUCUUUAUGAAUGGGGGAUUUCCAGAUUACAUACGGGAAUAUCACCCUCAGAGACCACCAAUGCCACCUAUGCCAUUUGGAGCAGCUCCUCCAUUUCCUGUUGAUCCUGUUGCUUUUUAUGAUCGAUCUCUUCAUCCUCCAGACUAUGGUCCAUCUCGAGGUAGAGGUGUGGACAAGAGAGCUUAUGAGCGAUCAGUUGAUGAUUUUCUGCGACGAACAGCACGUCCUCCCAGUCGUGGAGAUAGACGAUACAGGGACAGAAGAUGAAAGAUGGUAGAACACAUGAAGUAGAAAAGUCGAGAAUAAUGAAGGUAGAUGGUGCAAACUGUAAUGUGUGCAUACAAGUUGAACUGUCGUUUUAUAUAUGACUUGGAAAGGAAAGAAGCAAGUCAUUGACAAACAUUGAAGUAAGGUACAGUUCAAUAACCUCAGUUACAUUGCACAGAUAAACUAGGCAUCAAAAGGAAUAUAAAAGACGAUAUUAUUUUAUUUAAGAUUUUUGAUUCGUGCAUUGUUUUCAUUCAGUAUUUAAUUUACUAGUUCAUCGAGGUCUAUUUGUAGCAGUAGCAAAAAAGAGAUUCUUCAGUUUAAGCAAGAAACUACGAAGCUUAAAGACUUAAAAAAAUGUUUAAUGUAACAGUAGUCUGUGUUUGCUUUUAUUCUUGUUGUGCUUUCUUAAUAACAAGCAUGUAGCUCAUUGCCUGUCUUGUAAACUUUCUGUACCAUUUAAUAAUGAUUAUAAUUGAAACUUGUGUUUGGUAUAAAGAAAUCUGCAUAGGACCUUAUAUCUACAUUAUAAUGCACUUUAAUAAAAUGUUUGUAAUGAGAUAUUUUUAAAUCUUGAAGCUACUUCUUUAGAACAAUAACUAAAUAAAUAAACUAGAAUUAGACUUAUUGAAGAAAGUAAUAAUGAGGGAAUUAUAUGUGUAACGAUUAUCAGUUCUGCUAGAACUAGUGUUUAUUAGAUGUUAUACUUCAAGAUGAAAAAAAGAUUAAAUACAGAUUAUGGAACAUUUGCAUAAAGUCAGAAAUAUAUCUUCUAUGAAGAAUUUGGAAUACUGGUCAGACUAAUAUCCCACUAAAUAUGGUUAAUGUAAUAGGUGAUUAAUUAUGUAUAGUUAUUUAAUACUUACUCAGUUUUCCGCAGUUGCUUUUGAGCUGAUUGUCCAUCUUUAAUGACUUAUGAUAAAUACAAAUAAUAACUAAGGUCUCCAUUUUCUUGACUUGUACUUCUCUUGUUAGCUGAAUAAAAGACUUAUAUUUUAAAUAUUGCAUUACCUUUCAGGUUAUUCACAAGGAAAUGUUAAAAGUUCCUGGUAAAGAAUUUCAUAAUUUCUAUCUAACAGAUAGUGUAAAAGAACGGAACUUGUUAAAGAUUUGUAUGAUAUUUUUUAGAAGUACAUUCAAUAGAUUUUGAGUUUUUUUUUUUUGUAUAUCUUAACUGUUAUAACUUGAUAUUACAUUUUUGGACGUUUUAUUUGAUUUCCCACCAUGACCAGUCUUCCUUUAUAUUGCCCCAGUUAAAUACAUUUUGUGUGUGAUACCUCAUACUUCAUUUGGAUCUUCCAAAAGUAUCUAAAGAAUGGAGCUCUUAUGAUAUAUGUUCCUUUCUUUGACAUUUCUGUGUAAGGAAGAUUCUGUGGUUGUCCAUUUUUAUUGUAGUUUUUGUUACUUUUAUAAUCCUGUUUUAUGUAAUAGUUUGUCAGACAAAACAUAUUUGUAACCAUUGUCCAGACAAUAUAAAUGCCAAUUUUCAGUUUAAAACAGUGCAUAAAAUACAUUUAAACUUGUAGGUUAGAGGUUUGAUCCUGGCAAUACUGAUGUUUUCAUCCAAGCGCUGAGUUUCUGACUAUGUAAAGAUUAUUUCUUUAAUUCCAUGCGAAAAAUAAUAAAGAUUAAGAUUUUGUUUGGUCUUGCAUGCAGUGAUAUCAGUAGUGUUGAGUAUCUCUUGUAUAGACAUAUCAAUUUUCCAUAGAUUUUUGUAUUUUGACCUUGUAUAAAUCUGUCAUCAUAAACAAAGUUCCAAAUAACAUAAAAUUCCAGGUUAACAAUGCAUUUUCUAAAGCUUUAAAAACUAUCCUUUCAAAAAUUAAAGUAUUAAAGCCCUCUUAUUGUGAAAAUUGCAUAAUUGUCAACAGAUAUAAAAUGCACCAAGAUUAUACAACAACAACAACAAAGCAAGCAUGUGUGGCAGUAUCAAAUAUGUGUAUUUAUUUAUGAAAGAAAAUUCAAAACCAAAACAUUUAUGGAGAACGUAUCCCACAUGUGUGUUGUUAAAUGCUGAGAAUCGGUGCUUAAAAAUGUCGACAAAUCAGUUAAAAACAAGUUUAGAUUUGAAUGGUUAGUAAAAAAAGGUGACUGUGAAAGUCAGGAAAGUUGAAGCUUGCACAGUUAUCCCUAACAAUGACUAGAAGAUUGAUGUCCUUUGGAAAGCAUUAUGAUCUCUCUAUGCACAAGGAAUUGAUGAUGUGGACAUGUUACACUUCCAAAUCACAUAAAGACCCUCAAAUCAAAUUAAAAUUACCAAGAUUAUCUGUAAGAAAAGAGAAGAAUGAAAGUUAUGGACGGAAACCUCCAUUUGACUCUUAAAUUCAAUGCUGAAUUUUGAUUUCAAACAUUUACUUAGCUCACAUGACCAUAACCUAAGUCACUGUAGAUAGGUACUGUAAAAUAGGAAAUGAAUAACUUGAAAGUAGUUGUUAUUUUUUUUAGUUUCAGAGUUAGCCUUGUACAAAUAAAUCAGAUAUCAUAAAAACUGUUGGAUAGGCGUCAAUAAAAUACAUCUUAGGUUUUGAAAAAAACAUUUAAAAUCAGUUUUGCUGCCUAGGUGGCUCCCUGGAAAAAAUUUUCAAAGGAUUCCACUUCUAAAGAUCCGACUUGUUUUGUAUCUAAGAUUUUAAUGAUGUACACAAAAGGCUUCCUGUAACAUUGGCAUGAGAAACUCUGUUGUUGAUAGUGAUAAUUAAAUAUGUGUAAUAGUGAA